UUCGUUAUAACCCCGGGCGAGUUAAAGCGGGGUUAUACAGGGGGUUCACUUGCACACUGUAAACAAAACAUUCUGUAUGGCUCUGAUAAUCUGUUAAUUGACAGGAGAAUAGAGGAAAACAAUGGAAGGUUCUGCCGGAGUUCGCGUGCCUAAUUCCGUCAAGGCGGAGGCAAUGAUGUUGCAGGAGGCGCCAUCAAGUGACGUGAACAAUAAUAAUACCGGUAGUGGAGAGUGGCUUUCGCAGGGAUCGAACCCGGGUCUGCCCGGUGUAAAAAAGUUGGAUUUGGAUAAGGAUUUUUUUUGCCCUAUUUGCAUGCAGACAAUUAAGGAUGCGUUUCUGACGGCGUGCGGGCAUAGUUUUUGUUAUACAUGUAUUAUGACUCAUCUGAGUAAUAAGAACAAUUGCCCCUGCUGUGGACAGUAUUUAACUAACAAUCAGCUCUUUCCCAACUUUUUGCUUAAUAAGCUUUUGAAGAAGACAUCUGCUUGUCAAUUAGCAAGUACCACAUCACCGGCAGAGCAUCUUCGACAGUCUUUACAACAGGGAGCAGAAGUCUCAGUAAAAGAGUUGGACUGCCUCUUGACUCUUCUUGCAGAGAAGAAGCGGAAGAUGGAACAAGAGGAGGCUGAAACAAAUAUGGAGAUACUUCUUGACUUUUUGCAACGUUUGAAGCAACAUAAACAGGAGGAGUUGAAUGAGGUACAAGCAGAUUUGCAGUAUGUUAAGGAGGAUAUAUCUACAGUGGAGAAGCGAAGAUUGGAACUGUCCAAAGCCAGAGAACGAUACUCCUUGAAAUUACGUAUGCUUUUAGAUGACCCAAUAGCCACUUCAGUAGGUCAUGCUGCAGCUGAUAAUGUCAAUAAUCGUUCUGCAUCUUUCAUGCAUGGUGGGCAAGGUGGUCUUAUGUCAGGAAAAUUUCAACAGAAAAGGUCUGAAAUCAAGGUGCAAUCUAGUUCUCAGGACAUACCAAAGAGAACUUUUUUUUGUGGUUCUGAUUCCCAGGUUUUGCCCAUUCCAUCAGGAGUGACAGUUGCAAGGAAGAGACGAGUGCUUGCACAGUUUGAUGAUUUACAAGAAUGCUACUUGCAAAAAAGACGGCAUGGUACUCGCCCCUUGAGAAAAUCAUUUGAUGGUGGUUUUCGAAAAGAAAGAGAUGGGAAUAAUAUUAGUAGAGAAGGCUAUCAUGCAGGCCUUGAGGAAUUCCAGUCUGUUCUCACAACAUUUACUCGAUACAGUCGUUUGAGGGUCAUUGCAGAACUUCGACAUGGGGAUCUAUUCCACAAUGCAAAUAUUGUAUCAAGCAUAGAGUUCGAUCGAGAUGAUGAAUUAUUUGCCACUGCUGGUGUUUCUAGGCGUAUCAAAGUGUUUGAGUUUGCUACGGUAGUAAAUGAGCCUGCAGAUGUGCACUGUCCUGUUGUUGAGAUGGCUACUCGGUCAAAGUUGAGUUGCUUAAGUUGGAACAAGUAUAUCAAGAGUCAUAUUGCGAGCAGUGAUUAUGAAGGCAGUGUUACUGUUUGGGAUGUAAAUACACAACAGGCCGUUAUGGAGUAUGAAGAGCAUGAAAAACGGGCAUGGAGUGUAGAUUUUUCACGCACAGAGCCUACAAUGCUUGUCUCAGGCAGUGAUGAUGGCAAGGUUAAGGUAUGGUGCACAAGGCAAGAAACAAGUGUUCUCAACAUAGACAUGAAAGCAAAUAUUUGUUGUGUAAAGUAUAAUCCAGGCUCAAGCAAUUAUGUUGCAGUUGGUUCAGCAGAUCAUAACAUUCAUUAUUAUGACUUGAGAAAUAUCAGCGAUCCAUUAUAUGUAUUUAGUGGUCACAGGAAAGCAGUUUCAUAUGUCAAAUUCAUAUCAACAAAUGAACUAGCUUCUGCAUCAACAGACAGUACAUUGCGAUUGUGGGAUGUUAAGGAAAAUUGCCAUUCUCAGGUACGGACAUUCAAGGGACAUGCUAAUGAGAAGAAUUUUGUUGGGCUUACAGUCAACAGUGAAUACAUAGCUUGUGGCAGUGAAACGAAUGAGGUGUUUGUCUACCACAAGGCUAUUUCAAAGGCUGCUGCUUGGCAUAAAUUUGGCAGUCCAGAUCUGGAUGACAGUGAUGAUGAUACAUCAUAUUUUAUAAGUGCUGUUACUUGGAAGAGUGAGAGCCCUACAAUGUUGGCUGCAAAUAGCCAAGGGACAAUCAAAGUCCUUGUACUUGCACCAUGAACUGCAAAUAUCUUGCAUGGACUUUUGAUUGCCGUACCUUGAUGGGGUGGCUUUGGAAAUCCGUCAGAAAAUUGUAGGAUAAGCUUCUUUUUGGACACUCUCUAGACUACUUUUGGCCUGCAAGUGUUAAGAGAAGAAGCUGAUAAUGGGCUACAUGCAACUGUCAAUAUUUUUAUGACAUUUUUUUUAAUUUUUGCUGUUUUGCUGGUCUCUGAGAAAUUAUCCAGACUAGCUUCCAGCAGUGCAGUAUGAUUUUUUUGGAUGUUCUCUAAAGCCCCAACUCUAAUCUUAUGAUCUCCAUGGUUAGAAGAGGAGCCCAGAGGUGAACUUUUAUACUAUGCAAGCAUUCUUUGUUUCGAGGAACCUUAUACAAAUGUCACUACCGUAUCUCAGCAUCAUUAACUGAGUCACUUGCUGACUGCAGUGAAACUAAUUUUAUGGUUACACUGAGUUUGGGAAAGAGUCAGAAGAUGGGCAGUGCGGAGAAAAUAUUUUGCAUUGAUGCUAAAUGUAUUAUAGCUGGCUAGCAAACAUCUUUGUAAUCUUUGCCAGCCAUCAUCAGUUUUUUUCAAGGCUUGUACAAUUAGAGGUUGAGAUGUAAAGAAUUGCCCCAUUUGAUGGGCUAGCUCGUUUCAGCAUUGGGAGUUGCUUCUUGACAUUAUAAAUAGAUAGAAAAAUAUCAAAACAUUGUCAAAUUAUCUUUUACUAUGUAAAAGAUUGUAUCGCAUGAAAGUUCUUGCUUCCCAUCAAUGUUGACAAGAGUCUGCUAACAGAUUUUUGCAAGUUCCAUAAUCAACAAAGUUAUGUAAAUAUAAAUGAAGUACAUUUUGUAUGAUUCUGUAUAUGUGUAUUUUUCAAAGAAAUAAAAGCUAGCAGUUCUUUUA